CUUAAACUUCCAAAAUGCACACAAAUAUCCAGUCUUAAGUUACUUUAGGUGUUAUAUUUGCUUUGGUAUUAACUGCUAAAAUGUUCCUAUUUUUCUUCAUUAUCAUCAUUGACAAUUGUGAGUUAGACCAGUGUACCAACAGUGCUUCACUUUUGUGACUUAUAUUUGUAAAACAGCAUUUUAUUAUACUAUUUUACAAUUACAUUUAUGCAUUUGAACAACAUUUGUUUAUUCAAAGCAACUUGAAGUGCAUUUAAGCAAUACGUUUUUAUCAGUAUUUGUGAAAACUGGAGGAAAACAGGUCAAAAUAACAGAAAAAAGGCUCUUUAUUUUGUCAGAUGUCAAAUGCUGCAAAGAAAACAAGUUCAUAUUGACGUUAAGCAACACAACAGUAAAAAGUUCAAAAAAUAUUUUUUUUUUCUGUUUGGCAGAACCAUAAACUUGACAAAGAGUUUGUACUGUUGAUUUCUAGCCUGUAUGUUAUGGAUUCAUGUGUUAUGCAUAGGGGAACAACUCUCAUUUAGUGUUGUGUGUUUGCAGGCGGGUGGGAUGCGUAGUUGGAGGUGGUAUCUAUCCAGGGUCAUGCGCCUCUUCCUACGCUGGUUCAGACUCUGUCCACAGCGAGGACGAAGAAAGCGCCAAAGCGGGGUACGAGACCUUUGGAACUACGGGAAAGUGAUGCUCAAGUCCCUGUACUACAACAUCCUGACCAAUUCGGACACGGUGUUGGACUGUGCCUUUGAGCCCAUCUACUGGGUGGUGGACAACCUGACCCGUUGGUUUGGAGUGGUGUUUGUUUCUUUGGUCAUCUCCUUGACCAGCUCCGUCGUGAUUAUCGUGUAUGUCUGCAUGCUCCCCGUCAUCUUGAACACGUACCCCUUACACUGGAUACUGUGGCACCUCUGUUACGGGCAUUGGAAUCUACUUAUGGUGGUCUUCCAUUAUUACAAAGCCACAACCACACAUCCGGGUGCCCCUCCACAGGAAAUGAGCGAUAUUCCAACUGUUACUAUUUGUAAAAAAUGUAUAAUUCCAAAGCCAGCUAGAACGCAUCACUGCAGCAUCUGCAGCAGAUGUAUUUUGAAAAUGGACCACCACUGUCCGUGGUUGAAUAAUUGUGUGGGUCAUUUUAAUCACCGUUACUUCUUCAGUUUCUGUAUGUAUAUGACCAUGGGCUGCAUCUACUGCAGCAUGAGUGCCAAAGAGAUGUUUCUGCAGGCUUACAACGCCGUUGAGAGCUAUUAUCAGACGCCUGCUCCUGAAUACACCCAUCAGGAACGAAUGGUUCAUAAAAGCCUUAUUUAUCUGUGGGUGCUCACAAGUACGGUGACUUUUGCUCUGGGAGCCCUGACAUUGUGGCACGCGGUGCUGAUAAGCAGAGGAGAGACCAGUGUGGAGAGACACAUCAACCGAAAAGAGAGAAAGCGACUCAAGAUGAAGGGCAAAGUGUUCCGUAAUCCAUACCACCAUGGAACAAUUAACAAUUGGAAAAUGUUUUUUGCUGUGGAAAAGCCGAGCCACUGGCUAACACGAGUGCUGCUACCCUCCAGUCAUCUUCCUCAUGGGGACGGCCUGAUGUGGGACUGUCCUAAAUACAGAAACAACACAAUGGCUAUAUAAUGUCAUCGACAUAUCCUGACCAGAUAUUUUCUCAUCAGCUAUGGAUCUGUUGGAUGAGAGAGGCAUCAUGUCUGCACCGCCCAAAACGUACUGUUGGUUUAUGGACUAAUGGUGGAAUUUUUUAGGUGGAUUUGUUAUUAAAUGUGUGUGUUUUAGUCCUAAGACGAUUUUUUUGAACAGGUGCCGAGUCAGUGGUAGUACUUGGUGCCAAAGAACUGUUGUGAGUGGAUUUUAAUGACUGUGAAACACUAUUUAUAUUUUUUCAUGUUUGUUUUCGGGUGAUCAUACAGAAUAAUGGAAAUCUUGAAUUGGGUUAUUCCUGGUACUCGCCGAUACCAAUGCCUGUAUCAUUUCUAAACACAAUGAGACUAAAAAAAAUAGUAUCGCUUCAUAAUAACAAACAAUUCCACGUUAAACACAUUAUGAAAUAAAAAAAUGAUGUGCUUGUCACAAACUUUCAAAGCAAAUUUCAGUCAGUUUUGUAACAUGAUGUAUUUUUUUACGAGUACUAGUACAUGAGCUUAGUAUGGAUGCGUCCCUAGACAAAAGAAUGUAUGUUAAUGCUUGAGGCAAGUUGGAGUCAUUUGCUAAUGUUUUCUAGUUGAUGCAUUUGACGUGAUUUUAAAGUAUUUCUGCGGUUUAUACAGAAACAGCCCUUGACCACUAGUGAAAUGGUUUUAUUUUGCAUCUUUUUCCUCAUUCUGAAUUAUCAUUGUGAAAUUUGUGUACUGCUUUUGCUGUACUGACAUCAGAUUCUAAAUAACUUGAAGGUUCAACUUUACCAGGAUGAUUCCUAAGAGCAUCUUAUUCUUGUAUGAAAUUAUAAAUAUCGUUCCGCUUUUGCUUAUCAUACAUUUUUAUUACAUUUUUUUUAUAUCAUUCAAUUUUACAUCCAGGUUUAAAUGAAAAGAUAUUUCAGUGUGGACUCUCAGACUUCUUCGUUAUCAGCCAUACUGGUGACUACCUAAAAAGUAUGUUUUAACAAUUUAAAGACUACAAAGACAGCAUGUGAAAGCGAACAGAUCUGUUAUAAUACAGCAAUACAACACAACAGCUGCAGAACAGGUACUUGCCCUUACCACAAUUUCUAUAUUUUCUUUUUAACAUAAACCAUGUUUGACGUAAAUCCACUUUUGGCUUGCAUUUUUUAUUUGAAGGAAUCCAUUUUAAUAACAAAACUCCCUCACACACCUUUACAAAAAAGUUUUAUUGACAAGUUUGACAUUAAAAUAUUGUUUAAGAUUCUUG